AUGGCUCUGCCUUUUGAUCAAGCGGAGGAACUGCGCCUCUACCAGCAAACUCUUCUCCAGGAUGGACUCAAAGACAUGUUGGACCACAGUAAGUUUCUGGACUGUGUCUUAAAAGUCAAGGGGAAGGAGUUUCCCUGCCAUCGACUGGUGCUGGCAGCUUGCAGCCCGUACUUCCGGGCAAUGUUCCUUUCAGACAUGGAAGAGAGCAAAAAGAGGGAGGUCAGUCUGGAAGAUGUCGAUCCGGAUGUCAUGGGCAAGAUCCUCCACUAUAUCUACACCUCUGAGUUGGAGAUCACAGAGCAGAAUGUGCAGGACAUCUUCUCCGUGGCCAACAUGUUCCAAAUCCCCUCCAUCUUUACUGUUUGUGUGUCCUUUCUGCAGAAACGGCUUUGUCUCAGCAACUGCUUGGCUAUCUUCAGGCUGGGGCUGAUGCUGGACUGUGCCCGGCUGGCUGUAGCAGCUCGGGAUUUCAUCUGCGACCGCUUUGCACUGGUUUCCCGGGAUGAGGAGUUCUACCAGCUCUCCCCAGAUGAGCUCAUUGCUAUCAUCUCCAGUGAUUCCCUCAACACUGAGAAAGAGGAGAUAGUCUUUGAAGUGGUGAUGAAGUGGGCAGGGACCAAGGACUGUGAGAGCCGGCAGAAGGCACUACCUGUUGUCUUUGAAAGCAUCCGCUUCCGCCUCAUGCCCAAAGACUACAUCAAGGACCAUGUGGAGAAGCAUGCCAUGGUGAAGUCCAGCCCAGAGCUGCUCAAGAAACUGCAGAUGGUGAAGGAUGCCCAGCAAGGCAAAUUCACUGUGGUGAAGAAGAAGAAAGUGAAGAAAAGCAGUGAAAAGCAAUCAAAAGACAAUAUUGUCAAUGGAGCAGUAGACGAGGAAGAAGAGACAGAGGAGGAUGCCCUUCCAGGAAUCUUAAAUGACACAAUGCGCUUUGGGAUGUUCCUCCAGGAUCUCAUUUUCAUGGUGAGUGACAGUGGAGCAGUGGCCUACGAUCCCACCGCCAAUGAGUGUUAUUUUGCCUCCCUGUCUGCUCAGAUCCCGAAGAACCACAUCAGUCUGGUGACCAAAGAAAACCAGAUCUUCAUUGUGGGAGGACUGUACUACAAUGAAGAUAACAAAGAGGACCCCAUGAGUUCCUACUUUCUACAGUACGACCACCUGGACUCAGACUGGCUGGGAAUGCCCCCACUGCCCUCUCCUCGCUGCCUUUUUGGCCUGGGAGAGGCAGAAAACUCCAUUUUUGUGGUUGGUGGGAAAGAACUGAAAGAGGGAGAAAAGACCUUGGACUCUGUCUUGUGCUACGACCGACUGUCCUUCAAGUGGGGUGAAGCCGACUCUCUUCCCUAUGCAGUCUACGGCCAUGCAGUGGUAUCGCACAAGGACCUCGUCUAUGUCAUAGGCGGCAAAGGAAGUGACAAGAAGUGUCUGAAGAAGAUGUGUGUCUACAACCCGAAUAAGUUUGAGUGGAAGGAGCUGGCUCCCAUGAAAACUGCCCGGUCCUUGUUUGGAGCGACUGUGCACAAGGACAAAAUCUACGUGGCGGCUGGCGUGACUGACUCUGGCUUGACGAACUCAGUGGAAGUGUAUGACAUUGCAACCAACAAGUGGGACUCCUUCACGGACUUCCCUCAGGAGCGCAGCUCAGUCAGCCUGGUGAGCUUGUCUGGGGUACUCUACCUGCUCGGGGGAUUUGCCACGGUGGAGACGGAGUCAGGAGAGCUGGUGCCAACUGAGCUGAACGACGUUUGGAGAUAUGAUGAAGAACAGAAGAAGUGGGAAGGGGUCCUCCGAGAGAUUCAGUACGCUUCUGGUGCCACUUUCCUUCCCGUGCGCCUCAACGUUUUGCGGCUAACAAAGAUGUGA